AUGCCUGCCAAUGCCGCCAAGCUCCUGGACAAGAACCCGUUUUCGGCCGGUAACACGAACCCUCUGCUUCCUUCGCCUGCCAGUCUCCAACUGGCCCAGCUGCAAGCCCAGCUCACCCUCCACCGGCUGAAGCUGGCACAGACGGCUGUCACCACCAACACUGCGGCCGCCACGGUCCUGAACCAAGUCCUCUCUAAAGUGGCCAUGUCCCAGCCUCUCUUCAACCAGCUGAGGCAUCCGUCUGUCCUCAGUGCCCCCCACAGCCAUACUGGGGUGCCCCAACAUGCUCCGGCCAUACCCAGUGCCCGGUUUCCCUCAAAUGCCAUUGCUUUUUCACCUCCCGGCCAGACACGAGGCCCGGGACCAUCUGUGAGCCUUCCCAGCCAGCCCCCCAGUGCCAUGGUGAUGCACCCUUUCAGCGGGGUGAUGCCACAGACUGCUGCCCAGCCGGCAGUCAUCCUGGGCAUUGGGAAGACUGGGCCCACCCCGGCUACCACAGGAUUCUACGAGUAUGGCAAAGCCAAUGCCGGCCAGGCAUAUGGCACUGAGACGGACAGUCAGCCUGGCUUCUUGCCAGCCUCAGCCUCCACCUCGGGCACUGUGGCCUACGAAGGGCACUACAGCCAUGCAGGGCAGGAUGGCCAAGCUGCCUUUUCUAAAGACUUCUAUGGACCCAACUCCCAAGGGGCACACGUGGCCGGUGGAUUUCCAGCGGAGCAGGCCGGGGGCGUGAAGGGUGAGGUAGGAGCGCUGCUGCAGGGUGUGAACAGCCAGUGGGAGAGCCCUGCUGGGUUCUCUGGCCCAAGCAAGCCUGACAUUACAGCAGGGCCCAACCUGUGGCCGCCACCCCCCAGCCAGCCCUAUGAGCUGUACGACCCCGAGGAGCCCACCUCAGACAGGACCCCGCCUUCCUUUGGGGGUUGGCUUAAUAACAGCAAACAGGGUUUCAGUGGGGCCCGGCGGCGGGCCAAGGAGGAGCAGGGGAUGCUGUCCCUGCGGCCCCUGCAGGCCCACGAGCUGAACGACUUUCACGGCGUGGCCCCCCUCCACUUGCCGCACAUCUGUAGCAUCUGUGACAAGAAGGUGUUUGACUUGAAGGACUGGGAGCUGCACGUGAAAGGGAAGCUGCACGCGCAGAAAUGCCUGGUCUUCUCAGAGAAUGCUGGGGUGCGGUGUCUACUUGGUUCUGCCGAGGGGACUCUGCGUGCCUCUCCCAACAGCACGGCUGUGUAUAACCCUGCUGGAAACGAAGACUAUGCCUCAAAUCUUGGGACAUCAUAUGCGGCCAUUCCAGCAAGGACAUUUGCUCAGUCAACUGCUGCGUUUCCUGCAGCUUCCCCUGGGACGAACUUUGCGCAGCGGAAAGGUGCUGGUCGUGUGGUGCACAUCUGCAACCUCCCGGAAGGAAGCUGCACCGAGAAUGACGUCAUUAACCUGGGGCUGCCCUUUGGAAAAGUCACGAACUACAUCCUCAUGAAGUCGACUAACCAGGCCUUCUUAGAGAUGGCCUACACAGAAGCUGCCCAGGCCAUGGUCCAGUAUUAUCAAGAAAAAUCUGCUGUGAUCAAUGGUGAGAAGUUACUCAUUCGGAUGUCCAAGAGAUACAAGGAACUGCAGCUGAAGAAACCUGGGAAAGCUGUGGCUGCCAUCAUCCAGGACAUCCAUUCCCAGAGGGAGAGGGACUUGUUCCGGGAAGCAGACAGAUACGGCCCAGAGAGGCCACGGUCUCGCAGUCCAGUGAGCCGGUCCCUCUCUCCAAGGUCCCAUACGCCAAGCUUCACCUCCUGCAGCUCUUCCCACAGUCCCCCAGUCCCUUCCCGGGCUGACUGGGGCAACGGCCGGGACUCGUGGGAGCACUCUCCCUAUGCCAGGAGGGAAGAGGAGCGAGACCCAGGCCCCUGGAGGGAGAACGGAGAGGACAAGAGGGACAGGACUGACACGUGGGCGCAUGAUCGCAAGCACUACCCCCGGCAGCCAGACAAGGCCGACCUGGACGAGCGACUGGAAGGAGGGAGGGGCUACCGGGACAGGUACCCAAGGUCUGGGUCCCCCAACCUCAUCCACUCUGCGUCCAGCUACAAAAGCCGGGAAGACGGCUACUACCGGAAAGAGCCUAAAGCCAAGUCGGACAAGCAUCUAAAGCAGCAGCAGGAGACCCCUGGGAGAUCCAGGAGGAAAGAAGAGGCCAGGCUGCGGGAGAGCAGGCACCCCCACCCCGAUGACUCAGGCAAGGAAGACGGGCUGGGGCCCAAGGUCGCUAGGGCCCCUGAGGGCGCCAAGUCCAAGCAGAGUGAGAAAAAUAAAACCAAGAGACCUGAUAGAGACCAAGAAGGAGCUGAUGAUAGAAAAGAAAGCAAAAUGGCAGAGAAUGAGGCUGGAAAAGAGGAACAAGACAGCACAGAAGAAAGCCCCGCAUCUGUGGGCGGACAGGAGAAAGAAGCAGAGGCCUCUGACCCAGAAGACACAAGGACAAAGAAGGAGCAAGACUGGGAGAGUGGAAGUGAGACUGAGGGGGAGAGCUGGUAUCCCACGAACAUGGAGGAACUGGUCACAGUGGACGAGGUGGGGGAAGAAGAUUUUAUCAUGGAGCCAGACAUCCCAGAGCUGGAAGAAAACGUGCCCCAGGACCAGAAAGACAAAAUCUGCCCUGAAACCUGUCCCUGUGUGGCAGCCAGCACCUUGGACCUGGACUUGGCCCAGAGUGUCGCCGAGGAAGGAGUGAAGCCCCUGGGGAGCGGGGCUGCGGAAAUGAGCCUGAAGCCGCCCAGACAACUGCCUUCUGCUUCGACGAGCUGUCCCAGUGACAUGGACGUGGAAAUGCCUGGCCUAAAUCUGGAUGCUGAGCGGAAGCCAGCUGAAUGCGAGACCGGCCUCUCACUGCGGGACUCAGAUUGCUACGAGAAGGAGGCAAAGGGAACGGAGGGCUCAGAUGUUCAUCCGGCCCCUCCAGUCCAGCAAAUGUCGUCCCCCAAGCCAGCAGAGGAGAGGCCCCGGCAGCCUAGCCCAUUUCUCGAUGACUGCAAGGCCAGGGGGACCCCCGAAGAUGGGGCUUGUGGUGGAGGCAGCCCCCUGGAGGAGAAAGCCAGCCCCUCCACCGAGACCGACCUCCCAAGCCAGGCUUGCCAAGGAGUGUUGACCCAGGAAAACCCCAGGUACCUGGAAGUGAAAUCUCUGGACACGAGGGCCCCGGAAUACACCGAAGCGGAGCUGAAGCAGCCCCUUUCUUUACCGUCCUGGGAGCCAGAGGAUGUGUUCAGUGAGCUCAGCAUUCCUCUAGGGGUGGAGUUCGUGGUUCCCAGGACUGGGUUCUAUUGCAAACUGUGUGGGCUGUUCUAUGCCAGCGAGGAGAUGGCCAAGGUGACCCACUGCCGCAGUGCCGUCCACUACAGGAACUUGCAGAAGUACUUGUCCCAGCUGGCCGAGGAGGGCCUGAAGGAGCCCGAGGGGGCAGGCAGCCCCAGGCCUGAGGACAGCGGAAUCGUGCCGCACUUUGACAGGAAAAAGCCCUGAUGUUUCUGC